AUGAAAGGUUCAUUGCUUUUAAUUUCAACUGUCAUGAUAAUAAUAGACUUAGUGAGCAGCUGUCCUCUAAAAUGUCUGUGCUAUCGGUUUUCAAAGACAGUGGACUGCAGAAAUCGAGGACUUACUGAAGUUCCUUCUCAUUUACCAGCUGAUACUCAGAUACUACUUUUGUCAAAUAAUCACAUUCAGAAAAUCAGUCAACAUGCAUUUACUGACACUCUUUCCCUCAAAAUUUUGGACUUAUCUAAUAAUUCAGUCUCAGGCCUGUUGCCUAACACAUUCAAGGAACUACAAAAUCUUCAGAUUCUAAAUCUAACAAAGAACUUUAUUGAAUAUGUAGACAACAAGACGUUUAGCUCCCUUCCACACCUAAAAGAGUUGGACAUAUCAUCCAACAGUAUAUUAAGUUUGCCUGAAACUCUAGGAAAUAACACAAGACGCAUAACUUUAUUGUCUCUGAAACAUAAUAAACUUGAGAAAGUCGACAGACUUCUUUUGGAUUCACUCCCAAAUCUUAAAGUGGUGCUUUUCAAGGGUAACUUUUGGCAAUGCAAUUGUCAAGUCUUUGGCCUUAAAUUAUGGCUGGAAAGUUUUCUGUACAGAGGAGGAAUUAGUGAUGCUGUAAUCUGUGCAACACCUGAAAACCGGAGGGGAAAAGACCUUCUCAAAAUUCCUUAUGAAUUAUAUCGGAUCUGUCCUCUUCCAGCUUCUUAUGUUCACCUGGCCAGUGCUCCUCACCAUCCUGAGCAUAAACCUUCUCUGAAGUACACACACCACCACCAUGAACAUGGAGGAGACGGUAGCCAUUCAUAUUGUGAACCAAAACCCAAACCACGUCCUGUUAGCUUGCGUCAUGCGCUUGCCACUGUCAUAAUCACUGGAGUGGUCUGUGGGAUUGUAUGCCUCAUGAUGCUGGCUGCCGCCAUAUACGGCUGUGCCUAUGCUGCAAUUACUGCAAAAUACCACCAAGAAAAUUCACACCUUGGCAAGCAGAAGGGGAAUCUUGAAGAAAAAGAGCCAUUUCAGAGUUCAUUGGCUUGAGUUACUGGUUAUUAUGAGCUUUCCAAAACAGAUAUUAUUUUUCUUCCUGGACACAAGAGCAGCACUGGAACAGGACUGAUUUACUGACUACUUACUUGUUCUCGUGUUUCAGAUUUUUCGCAUGCAAGAAUUUUACCAUCAUCCUAGGAAAUCUGGAAUCUGUGCUGCAAACAGAUGUAUUCUUUCAGCAUGUUUGGAUCAAGCAGCAUCUUCUUUUUAUUUUUAUUUUCUAAUAGUUGGGGUGCAUAUCAAAAUGUUAUUGGCCCCCAUCUCCACCGCAUGCAAGGAUGCUUAACUCCCUAGGCAUCGUUUCAUAGAUAACAUCCCUGUUUGUGGCUAUUUUGGCUUGGAAGGAAGAAAAUUGGCAUAGAGGGGCAGGAAGGCACAGCUAGGCUCCAUAUCUGUUCAGGGGUACUUAUCAGUAAAAUCACGGCUAGACUCAAAAAGAGUAAAUUUCUAUUCCCAGUAAAAACUGCCUCUUGCAAGCAUUAAUAAAUAAAUAAGUUAAUUAAAAACCCACAUGGAAUAAAGAGGUAGUUGCCACCCACAUCUUUAAAGGCACCGGUCAUUUGAUCUUUAGUCUCAAAGCCUGCCAUUAGUCCCCCAUAAAAGACUGUCAAAAAGAGGGCUAGCACAGAUACCACAGUUUGCAGUAUCUGCUAGGUGGUGAUUUUCUAUGCAGUGGGUGUAGCUUGUAGGUG